AUUCAAAGGAAAAAACAUGAAAAUUAAAAUCAAGUUACAAUUUUGUAUUGGCAUAAAACAUAUCAGCAAAUAAGAUGUCUGAAAAGAAGGGUAUGUCAGAGGAGCUAGAGGAUACUAUUAGUCAAUUUAGGAAAGAAUCUAGAUCACAGUCAGUGAAGGAGCCUGGCUUUAUUAAAGAAACAUCAAAUUUGAUAAACGAAGCUUCUGAUUACCUGGAAGGGAAAUCUUCUAACCAGAUUUAUGAAACACAUCCUAGACAGAUUACAUUAGAGUCAACAUCUUCCUCUGGAAGCAAGUCUAAGAGAAAUGAAGAACAAAAGAAAAAUCUUCAAUUUUCUGAAACAAGCACUAGAACAGAAACUUCACAGAGUUUAUCAUCACUAACUGGGAGGAUUGCAGAAUAUCAGGCUUUGGUUAACUUCCUAUCUCGUGAAACAGUAGGAGAAGUUAGUCCGCAAGUCUCUGAAGAAAAUCAGAAACAUCUUGGCUUAGAAACAACUUGUAAAGAUAACUUUACAGUUAAUCUUGAGGCCAAGGGUUUACAGGAAUUUCCUAAGGACAUUUUAAAAAUCAAAUAUGUAAAAUAUCUAUAUUUAGACAAGAAUCAAAUCAAAACUUUUCAAGGGGCAGACUCAGGUGAUCUGCUAGGACUUGAAAUUCUAUCCCUGCAAGAAAAUGGAUUAUCAUCACUUCCAUCUGAAAUUCAGUUACUUCAUAAUUUAAGGAUAUUAAACGUCAGUCACAACCACAUAUCACAUAUACCUAAAGAAAUAUCUCAGCUUGGGAAUAUCGCACAACUCUUUUUUUAUAACAAUUACAUUGAAAAUUUUCCUUCUGACUUAGAAUGUCUUGGAAACUUGGAAAUUUUAAGUUUGGGUAAAAAUAAGUUAAGGCAUAUACCAGAUACUCUGCCUAGUUUAAAAUACUUGCGGGUUCUCAAUUUGCAAUAUAAUCAAUUAACAAUAUUUCCUAAAGCUCUGUGCUUCCUUCCAAAGUUAAUUUCACUAGACCUUACUGGAAACCUGAUCAGCAGUUUGCCAAAAGAAAUUAGGGAGCUUAAAAAUUUAGAAACACUUUUACUGGAUCAUAAUAAGCUUACCUUUCUGGCUGUAGAAAUUUUUCAGUUACUCAAAAUAAAAGAACUCCAACUGGCCGACAAUAAAUUGGAAGUUAUUUCACACAAAAUUGAGAAUUUCAGGGAACUUAGGAUUCUUAUACUUGAUAAAAAUUUAUUGAAAAAUAUACCAGAGAAAAUAUGUUGCUGUGCAAUGUUGGAAUGCCUUACUCUUAGUGAUAAUAAAUUAACAGAACUGCCUAAGAACAUCCAUAAGCUUAACAAUUUAAGAAAACUUCAUGUAAACAGAAAUAAUAUGGUAAAAAUAACUGACAGUAUCUCACAUCUUAAUAAUAUAUGCAGUCUAGAAUUUUCAGGAAACAUAAUCGCAGGUGUUCCCAUUGAAAUAAAAAACUGCCAAAAAAUAAUUAAAAUUGAAUUGAAUUAUAACAAAAUAAUGUAUUUUCCGUUGGGACUGUGUGCUUUAGAUUCUCUUUAUUAUUUGAGUGUUAAUGGAAAUUAUAUUUCAGAAAUACCUGCGGAUAUAUCUUUCAGUAAACAACUGCUUCAUUUAGAAUUGAGUGAAAACAAACUCCUCAUAUUUUCUGAGCACUUUUGUUCUCUUAUUAAUCUUAAAUACCUGGAUCUUGGUAAAAACCAAAUAAAGAAAAUUCCAGCAUCUAUUUCUAAUAUGAUAUCCCUCCAUGUACUUAUUUUAUGCUGUAAUAAAUUUGAAACUUUCCCUAGAGAAUUGUGUACUUUAGAAAAUUUGCGAGUACUUGAUCUUUCAGAAAACCAAUUACAGAAAAUCUCUUCAGACAUCUGUAAUUUAAAAGGAAUCCAGAAAUUAAACUUCUCAAGCAAUCAAUUUAUACAUUUUCCUAUUGAACUGUGCCAACUUCAAUCACUGGAACAGCUGAAUAUAAGUCAGAUAAAAGGGAGAAAGUUAACAAGACUUCCAGGAGAGCUAUCUAAUAUGACUCAACUUAAAGAACUUGAUAUCUCAAAUAAUGCAAUCAGAGAGAUUCCAAGAAAUAUAGGAGAAUUGAGAAAUUUGGUUAGUUUGCAUGCAUACAAUAAUCAAAUAAGUUAUAUUCCACCAUCUUUGCUAUCUUUAAAUGAUCUCCAGCAACUAAACCUGAGUGGAAAUAAUCUGACAGCUCUACCUAGUGCUAUCUACAAUCUUUUUUCACUGAAGGAGAUAAAUUUUGAUGACAACCCUUUGCUGAGACCUCCAAUGGAAAUCUGUAAAGGAAAACAGUUGUACACUAUUGCACGCUAUCUACAGAGGGCAGAUGAAAGAGAUGAGAAAAUCUUAGAGAAGAUAUUCAAGAUAGUUGCCAACAACAUCACUGAAACCAAUUUUGAAUUUUUAUGUCAAAAACUAAACCUGGCAAACUCAGAAACUGAUAUGCCUACAAAGAGCACUGUUUCAUUAAGUGAGAGAGCCCACCAAGCACUUGUUAUAUGGAAAACACAGAGUAACAAAUUAUCACUAACUGCUGCUGCUUUAAGAGAUCAACUAAUUCGAGCACUAACUAUGAUAGGAGCAUAUGAAAUUAUGGACAAAAUAACAGCUUUAAAUCUUUUUACACGUGCAAUUAAAUUCUAACCAG